AUGGCUGGGGUGGUGAUAGGAAAAGGUACUAAUGUCAAAAAAUUUGAUAUAGGUGAUGAAGUGUAUGGAAACAUACAAGAUUUCAAUAAUACUAAUGAAAAACCAAAGCAACUUGGAACAUUGGCACAGUUCAUUGUUGUGGAAGAGAUUUUUGUUGCAAGAAAACCAAAAUUUCUUUCAUUUGAGGAAGCUGCGAGUUUGCCUUUGGCAGUUCAAACAGCAAUAGAAGGCUUCAAAACAGGAGAUUUUAAGAAGGGUGAGACAAUGUUUGUGGUUGGUGGAGCAGGUGGUGUUGGAACUUUGGUUCUUCAAUUGGCCAAACUUUUGUUUGGAGCUUCCUAUGUUGUGUCUUCAUGCAGCACACCGAAAGUGAAGUUUGUGAAACAGUUUGGUGCUGAUAAAGUGGUGGAUUAUACUCAGACUAAAUAUGAAGACAUUGAUGAGAAAUUUGAUUUUCUCUAUGAUACUAUUGGUGAUUACAAGAAAUCUAUUGUUGUAGCAAAGGAUGAUGGAGCAAUAGUUGACAUAACAUGGCCUCCAUCACAUCCAAGAGCAGUUUAUUCAAGUUUGACAGUUUGUGGUGAACUCUUGGAAAAGUUGAAGCCAUAUUUGGAAAGAGAAGAGUUAAAAGCUGUGAUUGAUCCAAGAGGUGAAUAUAGUUUUGAGAAUGUGAUUGAGGCUUUUGGUUAUAUAGAAACUGGAAGAGCUUGGGGGAAAGUUGUUGUGCCAUGCUUCCGAUUGGAGGAUAUUCUUGAAGAUCAGUCUACCAUUUUGUCUGAGAUUGAUACCAAUAUACAACAAGUCAAUGGUUUGGCAAAAGAUCUUUGUCUCAAGUAG